AAUGUGUGUUCGGCCCUUGGCUGUUCCUGAGGCCUGGCCUGGCUCCCCGCUGACCCCUUCCCAGACCCGGGAUGGCAGAGGCCGGCCUGAAGGGCUGGCUGCUGUGGGCCCUGCUCCUGCAUUUGGCCCAGAGCGAACCUUACACACCCAUCCACCAGCCUGGCUACUGCGCCUUCUAUGACGAAUGUGGGAAGAACCCCGAGCUGUCUGGAGGCCUCAUGACACUCUCCAACGUGUCCUGCCUGUCCAACACACCGGCCCGCAAGAUCACAGGUGAUCACCUGGUCCUAUUACAGAAGAUCUGCCCCCGCCUCUACACUGGCCCCAACACCCAAGCCUGCUGCUCCGCCAAGCAGCUGGUAUCACUGGAAGCGAGUAUGUCGAUCACCAAGGCCCUCCUCACCCGCUGCCCAGCCUGCUCUGACAAUUUCGUGAACCUGCACUGCCACAACACGUGCAGCCCCAACCAGAGCCUCUUCAUCAAUGUGACCCGUGUGGCCCAGCUAGGGGCUGGACAACUCCCAGCUGUGGUGGCCUAUGAGGCCUUCUACCAGCAUAGCUUUGCCGAGCAGAGCUAUGACUCCUGCAGCCGUGUGCGCAUCCCUGCAGCCGCCACGCUGGCUGUGGGCACCAUGUGUGGCGUGUAUGGCUCUGCCCUUUGCAAUGCCCAGCGCUGGCUCAACUUCCAGGGAGACACAGGCAAUGGUCUGGCCCCACUGGACAUCACCUUCCACCUCUUGGAGCCCGGCCAGGCCGUGGGGAGUGGGAUUCAGCCUCUGAAUGAGGGGGUUGCACGUUGCAAUGAGUCCCAAGGUGACGACGUGGUGGCCUGCUCCUGCCAGGACUGUGCUGCAUCCUGUCCUGCCAUAGCCCGCCCCCAGGCCCUGGACUCCACCUUCUACCUGGGCCGGAUGCCGGGCAGGCUGGUCCUCAUCAUCAUCCUCUGUUCUGUCUUCGCUGUGGUCACCAUCCUGCUCGUGGGACUCCGUGUGGCCCCCGCCAGGGACAAAAGCAAGACGGUGGACUCCAAGAAGAGCACCAGCCUCUCUGACAAGCUCAGUUUCUCCACCCACACCCUCCUUGGCCAGUUCUUCCAGGGCUGGGGCACGUGGGUGGCUUCGUGGCCUCUGACCAUCCUGGUGCUAUCUGUCAUCCCGGUGGUGGCCUUGGCAGCAGGCCUGGUCUUUACAGAGCUCACUACAGACCCCGUGGAGCUGUGGUCGGCCCCCAAUAGCCAAGCCAGGAGUGAGAAGGCUUUCCAUGACCAGCAUUUCGGCCCCUUCUUCCGAACCAACCAGGUGAUCCUGACGGCUCCUAACCGGUCCAGCUACAGGUAUGACUCUCUGCUGCUGGGGCCCAAGAACUUCAGCGGGAUCCUGGACCUGGACUUGCUGCUGGAGCUGCUGGAGCUGCAGGAGAGGCUGCGGCACCUCCAGGUAUGGUUGCCCGAAGCACAGCGCAACAUCUCCCUGCGGGACAUCUGCUACGCCCCCCUCAAUCCAGACAAUACCAGUCUCUACGACUGCUGCAUCAAUAGCCUCCUGCAGUAUUUCCAAAACAACCGCACGCUCCUGCUGCUCACGGCCAACCAGACACUGAUGGGGCAGACCUCCCAAGUCGACUGGAAGGACCAUUUUCUGUACUGUGCCAAUGCCCCACUCACCUUCAAGGACGGCACAGCCCUGGCCCUGAGCUGCAUGGCUGACUAUGGGGCCCCUGUCUUCCCCUUCCUUGCCAUUGGGGGGUACAAAGGGAAGGACUAUUCUGAGGCGGAGGCCCUGAUCAUGACAUUCUCCCUCAACAAUUACCCUGCUGGGGACCCCCGUCUGGCCCAGGCCAAGCUGUGGGAGGAGGCCUUCUUAGAGGAAAUGCGAGCCUUCCAGCGUCGGACGGCUGGCAUGUUCCAGGUCACGUUCAUGGCUGAGCGCUCUCUGGAAGACGAGAUCAAUCGCACCACAGCUGAAGACCUGCCCAUCUUUGCCACCAGCUACAUUGUCAUAUUCCUGUACAUCUCUCUGGCCCUGGGCAGCUAUUCCAGCUGGAGCCGAGUGAUGGUGGACUCCAAGGCCACGCUGGGCCUCGGCGGGGUGGCCGUGGUCCUGGGAGCAGUCAUGGCUGCCAUGGGCUUCUUCUCCUACCUGGGUAUCCGCUCCUCCCUGGUCAUCCUACAAGUGGUGCCUUUUCUGGUGCUGUCCGUGGGGGCUGAUAACAUCUUCAUCUUUGUUCUCGAGUACCAGAGGCUGCCCCGGAGGCCUGGGGAGCCACGAGAGGUCCACAUUGGGCGAGCCCUAGGCAGGGUGGCUCCCAGCAUGCUGUUGUGCAGCCUCUCUGAGGCCAUCUGCUUCUUCCUAGGGGCCCUGACCCCCAUGCCAGCUGUGCGGACCUUCGCCCUGACCUCUGGCCUUGCAGUGAUCCUUGACUUCCUCCUGCAGAUGUCAGCCUUUGUGGCCCUGCUCUCCUUGGACAGCAAGAGGCAGGAGGCCUCCCGGUUGGACGUCUGCUGCUGUGUCAAGCCCCAGGAGCUGCCCCCGCCUGGCCAGGGAGAGGGGCUCCUGCUUGGCUUCUUCCGAAAGGCCUAUGCCCCCUUCCUGCUGCACUGGAUCACUCGAGGCGUUGUGCUGCUGCUGUUUCUUGCCCUGUUCGGAGUGAGCCUCUACUACAUGUGCCACAUCAGCGUGGGACUGGACCAGGAGCUGGCGCUGCCCAAGGACUCGUACCUGCUUGACUAUUUCCUCUUUCUGAACCGCUACUUCGAGGUGGGGGCUCCGGUAUACUUUGUUACCACCUCGGGCUACAACUUCUCCAGCGAGGCUGGGAUGAAUGCCAUCUGCUCCAGUGCAGGCUGCAACAACUUCUCCUUCACCCAGAAGAUCCAGUAUGCCACAGAGUUCCCUGAGCAGUCUUACCUGGCCAUCCCUGCCUCCUCCUGGGUGGAUGACUUCAUUGACUGGCUGACCCCGUCCUCCUGCUGCCGCCUUUAUAUAUCUGGCCCCAAUAAGGACAAGUUCUGCCCCUCAACCGUCAACUCUCUGAACUGCCUAAAGAACUGCAUGAGCAUCACGAUGGGCUCUGUGAGGCCCUCAGUGGAGCAGUUCCAUAAGUAUCUUCCCUGGUUCCUGAACGACCGGCCCAACAUCAAAUGUCCCAAAGGCGGCCUGGCAGCAUACAGCACCUCUGUGAACUUGACUUCAGAUGGCCAGGUUUUAGCCUCCAGGUUCAUGGCCUAUCACAAGCCCCUGAAAAACUCACAGGAUUACACAGAAGCUCUGCGGGCAGCUCGGGAGCUGGCAGCCAACAUCACUGCUGACCUGCGGAAAGUGCCUGGGACAGACCCGGCUUUUGAGGUCUUCCCCUACACGAUCACCAGUGUGUUUUAUGAGCAGUACCUGACCAUCCUCCCUGAGGGGCUCUUCAUGCUCAGCCUCUGCCUUGUGCCCACCUUUGCUGUCUCCUGCCUCCUGCUGGGCCUGGACCUGCGCUCCGGCCUCCUCAACCUGCUCUCCAUUGUCAUGAUCCUCGUGGACACGGUCGGCUUCAUGGCCCUGUGGGGCAUCAAUUACAACGCUGUGUCCCUCAUCAACCUGGUCUCGGCGGUGGGCAUGUCUGUGGAGUUUGUGUCCCACAUUACCCGCUCCUUUGCCAUCAGCACCAAGCCCACCUGGCUGGAGAGGGCCAAAGAGGCCACCAUCUCUAUGGGAAGUGCGGUGUUUGCAGGUGUGGCCAUGACCAACCUGCCUGGCAUCCUUGUCCUGGGCCUCGCCAAGGCCCAGCUCAUUCAGAUCUUCUUCUUCCGCCUCAACCUCCUGAUCACUCUGCUGGGCCUGCUGCACGGCUUGGUCUUCCUGCCCGUCAUCCUCAGCUACGUGGGGCCUGACGUCAACCCGGCUCUGGCACUGGAGCAGAAGCGGGCUGAGGAGGCGGCAGCAGCAGUCAUAGUGGCCUCCUGCCCAAAUCACCCCUCCCGAGUCUCCACAGCUGACAACAUCUAUGUCAACCACAGCUUUGAAGGUUCUAUCAAAGGUGCUGGUGCCGUCAGCAACUUCUUGCCCAACAAUGGGCAGCAGUUCUGAUACAGCCAGACGUCCUGUCUAGGCUCUAUGGCCCUGAACCAAAGGGUUAUGGGGGUCUUCCCUGUGACUGCCCCUUGACACACGCCCUCCUCGAAUCCUAGGGGAGGCCGUUCCCAUAAGACUGCCUGUCACUGGAGGAUGGCCUGCUCUUGAGGUAUCCAGGCAGCACCACUGAUGGCUCCUCUGCUCCCAUAGUGGGUCCCGUUUCCAAGUCACCUAGGCCUUGGGCAGUGCCUCCUCCUUCUGGGCCUGGGUCUGGAAGUUGGCAGGAACAGACACACUCCAUGUUUGUCCCACACUCACUUUCCUAGGAGCCCACUUCUCAUCCAACUUUUCCUUUCUCAGUUCCUCUCUCGAAAGUCUUAAUUCUGUGUCAGUAAGUCUUUAACACAUAGCAGUGUCCCUGAGAACACAGACAGUGACCACUACCCUGGGUGUGAUAUCACAGGAGGCCAGGGAGAGGCAAAGGCUCAGGCCAAGAGCCAACGCUGUGGGAGGCCGGUCGGCAGCCACUCCCUCCAGGGCACACCUGCAGGUCUGCCAUCCACGGCCUUUUCUGGCAAGAGAAAGGCCCAGGAAGGAUGUUCUCAUAAGCAACGUGGUCAUGGAUUAGCCCCUCCUGGAAAAUGGUGUUGGGUUUGGUCUCCAGCUCCAAUUCUUAUUAAGGCUUUGCUGCCAGUCAAGGCCACCCAGGAGUCUGAAGGUUGGGAGCUCUUGGGGCUGGGCUGGUCCUCCCAUCUUCACCUCGGGCCUGGAUCCCAGGCCUCAAACCAGCCCAACCCGAGCUUUUGGACAGCUCUCCAGAAGCAUGAACUGCAGUGGAGAUGAAGAUCCUGGCUCUGUGCUGUGCACAUAGGUGUUUAAUAAACAUUUGUUGGCAGAAA